AUGCUUUGUUUUGUGUAGUUUGAAUGUAUGGUUUCUAAAGCAUGCAGCAGGAUUGUUUAAACUUUAAAAACAAAGUUUCAGGGAGUUUAAGCAGAUGAUGGAUGUGCUUCAGAUAUUAUGACAGUUGUUAUGGAAACUCUUGUUGUAAUAUCUCCUCCUGUGGUCAGAAAACUCAACCAGGGAACAUUUGUUUAAAAGCAAGCCAAGACAGAAACAGAGAGGACUCCCUCUGCACGGAGGAGCAGCAGGCUGAGUCCAGUCCACCUUAAAACUCUGACAGGCUGAACAUACCGAGCACAUAUUUCCUGAAAACGCCCCGUGCAGGGAGAGCAGGAAAACUCGAGUGACUCUGAAUCAUAAUAACACGGCUGUGCUGCUGAUCCACAGACUGGGGGUGGGACACUUGCCUCUCUAAAGUUACCCUGUAGGCUACUACCCCCCCCUCCUCCACCCAGGCUACAACCUCCACCCAGGCUACAACCUCCACCCAGGCUCCAGCGCUCCACCGACCAAGGUCAGCAGCUGUGUCCGCGCACAGGAGCUCUACGCGCGGCUGCAACCCUCCGCGGACCCCGGCUGGUUCCUGGUUCCUGGGGGUCUGAGUCUCUCUGGAUCACAGACUGUAUCACUGACUGCAUGGAGACAGGCUGCGCGAGGGGGGAAUAAGGAGCUCAAACACGAGACACAGAACACAGUCUGUUAACACAAAGUGUCACCAUGUUGGGAAACCCAGGAUCUUACGCGAACAAGAAGAGGAAGAAGCCUGUGCUCAAACAGAAGAAGGUUUCUGACGGCACCGAGGUCGUCAAGUCCAACCCUUCCAAGCGCCACAGGGACCGGCUGAAUGGGGAGCUGGACCGACUCACGGACCUCCUGCCCUUUCCAGAGGAGGUCCGGUCUCGCCUGGACAAGCUGUCAGUGCUUCGCCUCAGCGUGGGAUACCUGAGGGUCAAGAGCUACUUCAGAGCCACCAUGAAGAACGGGAACGCCAUCCGGAUGUUUCCUGGAGGGAACGGACAGAACGGGAACACCGCCGACACCGCCCCUCUCGAGGGAGAGCUGCUGCAGGCGCUGAACGGGUUCGUUCUGGUGGUGGCCUCGGACGGGACCGUGUUCUACUCGUCUCACACCAUCAAGGACUACCUGGGCUUCCAUCAGUCGGACGUGGUUCAUCAGAGCGUGUUUGACCUGAUCCACACUGACGACCGGACCCUGUUCAGGCAGCAGCUCCACUUCGCCCUGAACCCUCCGACCGCUGGUGCUGAGGGCGACGCCCUGCAGACUUCUGGGACCACGAUGAUGUACAGCCCGGAGCAGCUUCCUCCAGAGAACUCGUCCUUCCUGGAGAGGAGCUUCGUGUGUCGGUUCCGCUGCCUCCUGGAUAACUCCUCGGGCUUCCUGGCUCUGAAGUUCCAGGGUCGGCUGAAGUACCUCCACGCUCAGAGGUUUCUGAAGGAGAACGGGUCGAGUAACAAACCUCAGCUGGCUCUGUUCGCCAUCGCCGUGCCGGUCCAGGCUCCGUCCAUCAUCGAGAUCCGGACUAAGAUGCUCCUCUUUCAAGCAAACAAGCUGGACUUCACGCCCAUGGGCAUCGACAGCAGGGGGAAGGUCAUCCUGGGAUACUCAGAGACCGAGCUCUGCAUGAAAGGCUCCGGAUACCAGUUCAUCCACGCUGCUGACAUGAUGUACUGCGCUGACAACCACAUGCGCAUGAUAAAGACCGGUGAGAGUGGGAUGACGGUGUUCCGGUUGCUCAGUAAGAGCGGCGGUUGGGUCUGGGUGAAGGCGAACGCCAAGCUGAUCUUCAAAGGAGGAAGACCGGACUUCAUCAUCGCGUACCAGAGGGCGCUGCUGAACGCGGAGGGGGAGGAGUACCUGCGUCAGAGGAGGCUGCAGCUCCCCUUCAGCUUCACCACGGGGGAGGCGGUCCUCUACAACAACGGGCCCACCGUGGACGUCACCCAGUUCCAGUUCAACAAGAUGUUCAGCAAGAACGCCAGCACGGACGAGGACCCCCGCUCUCUGCUGGACUGCUUCCUGAGACAGGACGAGGCCGCCUACACCAGGACCAUCGACCCCCCCACACCCCUGGACCAGGUCUUCAUGGACAGCCGCGCUCUGGAGGUCCCCAGUGACGGAUGGCAGGAGGGCGGGGCUGCGACGGCGAACCCCGUGGUGAAGGAGGAGGCCAAGCAGUCGGUGAUGGCGGUGAUGGAUAACCGGAAGAUGGCGCAGAGCAGCGACUUCUGUGCGGCGCUGCAGAACCUGGAGGUGGAAGGCGGAGCUUGUGGAUGGGAGAACGCCCUGAAGUUGAGUCAGGAGGAGCUUCAGCAGAGCAACGUGAGCUCUGAGGCCGACGGCAUCCUCACCAGCGACAUCUUUGACUACAUCGACACCGUCCUGUUCAAGGAAAGGGCGAGGACGUUCUGAACGGAGGGACCGCCCCCCUGCCUGUCUGCAAACGGCCUUCAGGACCUCGCCGGACUCUGUGACCCCCAGCUGUUCCAGACCCUUAGUCCGGACCGCAGCGGCCUCCCAAUGAACGGAUCUACGCUCAGCAGCAGAACACAGACGCUCAUAUGUUCAGCAGCUCACAGAAACUGUCCCACCACGGUCCCCUGAUCACCCCCCCAAGACCCAAACCUGCCCCCCCUCCAGCAGCUGCAGCUCCACGACAUCUUCAGCCCGUCCAUCGAGCUCCCCGAGCUCUCCAUCCCCGACAUCUCGGCCUCCUUCCAGCCCUGUGGACAGACCCCCAACGCCCGCCCUCAGCCCAGCCAGCUGCUGCGGUCUCCUCAGAACACUUUCCUGCAGAGCGCCGGCACAGCGCCAAAGCGUGGAGCACCGGCGCCCUGGACCUCCUGCCUCCUCUGAUCCCCUGCAGUGACUUUAACCCCUCCGCACACCCAAUGCUCCUGUUUCUUUUUCCCCAAUGUGUCUGCAGGGAAGCCCCCUACAGAGUGCCCACAGCCAGCAGGUCCAGCAGGUCCAACAGGUCCAGCAGGUCCAGCAGG